UAUUAACAGUCCUGUUUCCUACAGAAGUGUUUGAAAAUAAUCGAAGAAUCAAUAUGAAGAAAUUACUCAAUCGUGUCAUAUUUCUACUCGCAUUAUGUUUUCAAUGUGAUCUGCACAAUUCGCUUAGAAUUCUCGGAGUAUUUCCGUUGCCGGCUAAAAGUCACUUCCGAAUGUAUGGAAGACUGAUGCGAGAAUUGGCCCUACGGGAGCACCAGGUUGACGUGAUUGGAAGGUUUCCUCUAAAAAAACCGAUACCCAAUUAUCGGGAUAUUGUCAUCAACUUGCAUCCGCCACAGGUAGCUGUCAAUAAUAUUAGCUACACUCAUACAAUGCGAAUGAGCAAUUUGCGAGUGAAGCAUUUCGCGAGAACUCUUGGAGUUGAAAUUUGUGAUUUAUUGAGUCAUCCUAAUAUGCAAGAUGUAAUGCACACCAAGAAGGGAGCGUAUGAUGUCAUUAUCGUGGAGCUACUAUUCGCGGACUGCUAUUUGGCCCUUGGACAACAUCUCAAUGCACCGAUUGUGGGAAUCACUUCCAUGAAAUUACCCGAUUGGCUACUGGCAUCCUUCGGUAAUAAUCUGAACCCUUCGUACAUGCCAAGUGUCUUCUCAAGCUCGGGCCAACGUAUGACAUUCUGGGAGCGAUUGCAGAAUACUCUGCUCACCAAUGCUCUCACUUAUGAAGUCUAUCGUUACAUGGAGACAGAAGUGGAGCAUGUGGAGAGAUAUUUUGGGCGAAAGCUGAACUCGAUAAAAGAUCUCUACAAUGACGUCUCUAUCAUACUUGUCAAUGAGCAUUACAGUAUUCAUGGAAUUAGACCUACGACCCCUGAUAUAAUUGCAGUGGGGGGACUACAUGUGGCCGAUGAUGAUGAGAUACUGAGACCGGACUUGAAAAAAUGGUUGGAUGAGAGUGCUGACGGCUGUGUGUACUUUACAUUCGGAUCGAUGGUGAAAAUCGAAACGUUCCCGGAAGCGAUUGUCAAGAUAUUUUAUGAAAUGUUUGAGAGAAUCGCACCAGUGAGAGGUCUUAUCAAAAUAGUUGAUCCUACGUCUCUCCCUCCGGGUCUACCAAAGAACGUGAAGACAUCAUCGUGGCUGCCGCAAUUGGCUAUAUUGAUUAGUUUACCGAUCUGUGGGCUUUGUUUUCCUGCAGCGCACAAGAACGUGAAAUUAUUCAUCACUCACGGAGGAUUGAUGGGAACUCAAGAAGCUAUUGCAUAUAAAGUUCCGCUGGUCGGUCUUCCCCUCUUCGGUGACCAAUAUGCGAAUAUCGGAAACUAUGCGAACAAGAAAGUUGCAAUUGCACUGAGUCUUGAGGGUUUAACAGCGGACUCAUUAACAAAUGCCGUCAAGACUGCGCUCAAUGAUCCGAGUUAUAGGAAUAAUAUUGAAAAGAUGUCGAAACUAUUUUGGGAUCGACCGAUGAGUGCGAUCGAUACAGCUGUCUACUGGAUUGAGUAUACGGCGCGAUAUGGGAAAGAAUUGAAAUCACCAGCUGUUGAAUUGGCUUGGUGGGAAUUCUAUCUGAUAGACGUUUAUGGAUUUCUCUUAAUGUGUCUUUUUGUUGCCCUCUACAUCAUCACGAAGAUUGUAGCCUUCACAUGGGCAAGUGUGAUUUUUAAUGAUGACGGGAAGUAUUCAAAUAAUGUAUCGACUGGUAAGAAGAGCCAGUAGUUUGUUGACUCGACCGAAUGUAUCUACCCUUUCGAACAAUAAAAGGGAGUCAUUGAAAAUAGAUUCUGGAAUGGAA